AUGAUUAGUAAUCUCACUCACAAACUAUCCUCCUCUUUCAUCUCGAAGAAAACAACACGUGAUGCUCUCUCUCAUCUUCUUCACCUCCGGCGCUAAUGUCGUUAAAAUACCUCACCGUUAAAUUUUCCGACAUCCUCUCCGGCGUUAGUGCUGACGCCAGAUUAGUUGUCGCUUUCACUGCUGUCGUCGGAAUUGUCAUUGCCGCCGCCGUCUUCUACAAUAGCAGAGGCCAUCUUAAAUCUCCAUGGGCUCUUUCGAAAAGAAGGCAGGCCCUGUCACCUGAGCAAUGGAGACUUCUGUUUACACUGGAGGGAAGAUUUCAUGAUGGCGGAGUUAGGUUUUUGAAAAAGGUCCGCAGUGAGGGUGUUGCUCCUAGUAUCAGGGCCGAGGUCUGGCCGUUCUUGCUUGGCGUCUAUGAAUUAAAUAGUUCCGAAGACGACAGAUGUAAAUUAAGAAUUAAGAAGAGAGGGGAAUAUGAUAAACUAAGGAGACGGUGUCAACAAAUAAUAGAGUUCAAUAACAAUUUGAAAGUCAAUGAAGUCGGUGUAGCCAAUAAGAGUGGAAAAGAUGAGAACAAUAAUAAUAAUGUCACAGGUUCUGCUGACACUGAAGAAGACAGUGGCAGGGAGUCUCCUAGAAAUGAGGUGAAUCCUUCUGCUGAAUACUCAGAUGACCCCACAAGCGCCUUGCUGAAAAAGGAUCUGUCCUCGAGAACAGCCACAGAUGUUAAUACUUCUACUACAGACUUAAACUCUGACUCCUCUGUUGAAGAGAGUCGACCAUUUACCUCAACAGAGAACAACAAGGAGAAAGGUUCUGAAGUGACAUCCAACGAGAAUAUUUCUACUACAGAAGCCCAAAUAAAAUUAACUAAAAAAGAAGAUUUCAUUACUUGGCAGCAGAUCAUUCGUGUAGAUGCAAUUCGUGCUAACAGAGAAUGGAUAUCAUAUUCUCCAGCACUGGCCGCAGUAUCAGAUGAAAGGGCACGGGGUUUUGCCGAGGCUGUUGGGCUAAAGGACUACUCUAACCUUGAGCCAUGCAUGAUCUUUCAUGCUGCUCGACUUGUUGCUCUUCUUGAAGCUUAUUGCCUAUAUGACCCUGAAGUUGGAUAUUGUCAGGGAAUGAGUGAUCUACUUUCUCCAAUAAUAACAGUGAUGACAGAGGACGAUGAAGCUUUUUGGUGUUUUGUUGGUUUUAUGAAGAAGGCUCGGUAUAAUUUUAAGCUUGACGAGGUGGGGAUUAGACGACAACUGAGUAAAGUAUCCAUGAUCAUUAAGUGCAAAGAUUCUCAACUCUUUAAGCACUUAGAGAUGCUUCAGGCAGAGGAUUGUUUUUUUGUGUAUAGGAUGGUGGUGGUUCUCUUCAGGAGGGAGUUGACGUUUGAGCAAACAAUCUGUCUCUGGGAGGUAAUGUGGGCAGAUCAGGCAGCUAUUAGGGCUGGUAUUAGGAAUUCUGUGUGGAGCAGAAUAAGGCACUUGGCUCUGCCAACAGAAGAUUUGUUGCUUUAUGCCAUAGCAGCAUCUAUACUGCAGAGAAGGAAACUAAUAAUAGAAAGAUACUGUAGUAUGGACGAGAUAAUGAGGGAGUGCAACAGCAUGGCAGGACAUCUUGAUGUAUGGAAGCUCUUAGAUGAUGCUCAUAACUUGGUGUUCAGUCUCCAUGAUAAAGUUGAAACUCCUUAACUCCCUUUUGAUGGCUGAAGCUGGAAAUAUGCCUAAAUUUUAUCAACUUGAUGCAAGAAGUGGCAAUACCCUAGAGCACGAGUUGUACGGACUUUUCAAUCUUGGGCCCUUGUUUCUCAGGAGUUAUGGGUGAUAUUACAUCAUGUCAACCACUGAAAGAUAAACACGGUACACUAUAUGCUACUUUUUUAGUCCUUGCGUUGCUGCGUGGUGUCCACUUGAUAGUGCUCCUUGUUUCCCAAAUACUUUCAUCACAAAUCUAGGAAAACCGAUUUAGUAUAAUAUAUCGUAAUUAUAUUUGUGUAUUAUAGAUGUAGUUUAAUCUCUUACUCUGAUAAGACACUUAACAUUGAAAUUAUAUAUCCAGCAUUUAUUUAUUGAAA